AUGCUGGACCGAAAGAUUCUGUUCGGUCUUGGUCUUGUUCUUCUGUCGACAUGCUACGAUCUCACACAGAUAUAUUUGACUCCAUCUACGAGGGAAUCGAAACCAACUGAACCUACUUCAUCAUCUUUCGAUAGUCAUUCCGAUGCAGCAUACGAACAAUCUUCAAAUAUUCCAGCACCUAAAAUAAAGAACCAUGGUGUACCAACCAUUAAGUACCGUAAUGUGUUUGAACAGUUUGCACAACUUGUUCGAACACAUUAUCCUGGCAUGGAAGUUGAGGGCGAAAACUACCCACCACCUCCAACCAAAGCAUUGAUUGCUCGUGUAUUGUCUAUGGUGAAAAUGGCUUUACUCGUUUGUCUUCUUUUCGGUCAAAAUCCUUUUGCACUUCUAAAUAUUCCUACACCAGCAGUCUAUUCAUGGGCAUUACAAAAUAAGAUGUAUGCGUGUUUGAUGGUCUUUUUCUUCUCAAACUCAAUUGAAUCAUCUCUGAUUUCCACGGGCGCAUUUGAAAUAUAUGUUAAUGAUAUUCCACUAUGGUCCAAACUUCAAACAGGUCGCUUACCAUCAGCCAACGAAUUCAUUCAAAUGUUACAAACAUUUGCAACUAAUUCGAACUUGAAUACUGCUGGUCCUUAUUAA